AUGAUUGCAAAGAUGGAAGGAGCUAAUGGACAUGCAGAGUCUGGGGGAGACGUACCAGUCUACUCGAUCCACAAUGUACCCAUCACCGAAGAAAGGAAACCAUACAUCCAGGGAAAGAAAUCAAACCUUCCACACGCAGCGGUUGCACGUGCAAAUCUCGCUCCGUCAGAGGAGACACCUCAAGGGAGCACGCAAGACGACUGGGCAAAGAAGCACUCGCACCAAACUGUGCUGCAACAGCACUGCGACUUCUUCGACCGCGACCAUGAUGGUAUCCUCUGGCCGCAAGACACUUUUGUCGGCUUCUACCGCCUAGGCUGCGGACUCUUCUUCUCCGCCUUCGCCGUGUUGGUCAUCCACAUCAACUUCUCUUAUCCCACGUGUUCGGGAUGGCUUCCGGACCCCUACUUCCGUCUCUUUCUGAACAAUGUGCACAGAGCGCGACACGGUAGUGAUACAGGCACGUACGACACGGAGGGGCGGUUUAUACCAUCGAAAUUCGAAGAGAUUUUUACAAAGUACGCGGAGGGACGGGAUUAUCUGACCGUGGGCGAUUUGGUGAACGUGUUGAAGGGGCAGAGGAAUAUCAACGAUCCCAUUGGGAUGUGUGGAUUCAUCUUCGAGUGGACUGCAACGUAUUUGACGCUCUGGCCCGAAGAUGGUCGGAUGAUGAAGGAGGAUAUUCGCGCUGUAUACGAUGGCAGUAUUUUCCAAAGGAUCGCCGAUAAGCGCGAGAGAAAGAUGGAGAUGAAGAAGAAGAAGAAGAAGAGCCAAUGAUGAGCGUCGGCACCUCCGAUAGAUCCAUAGAGAGGGUCGAUGUAUACACACAGCACGACCCCGGGAUACAUCUCAUCAAGUUCCCCCAAAAAAAAACGAUUGUUGAAUAUGUGACGCUGUGCUGGAGUGUGUAAGAGUGCCGCUACUGAAAUGCUCAGUCUCACCAACCCGCUCUCAGAGAUGUGUCGUUCCGAAAGACCGACCGAAUCAAGCAGUGACAUCACCAGUCAGCGCAUGCCCCUGUC